AUGGGAACUUUAGAUCUUACCGAUUUGACAACUUUCGAAUUAAUUCAAUUGUUGGAGGCAACCGAUGAAUUAGCACUUGAAGAAUUAUUUUCUCACAUACAAGAACAUUUAAUCACACAUUCCUCCGAUUACAUCAAGCAAAAUCCAAAUAUAGUAAUAGACAUAGCAUUUAAGCAUGACGCAUUUACAACCCUUCAAACAUUUUGCGUAGAUUUGAUAACACAAGAUCCUCAACCGUUCUUCUCGUCCUCGUCUUUCGUAUCAACGAAUAUAUCGAUUUUAACGGCGAUUUUAUCUAGAGAUGAUAUUAGAAUGGAGGAGGUUACGAUAUGGAACCAGAUCAUUCAAUGGGGAUUACAUAAUUCACACGCAUACGUGGAUAAAGAUGAUAUCGAAUUUGACCCUUUUGAUGAUGAUGUCUCUUCAAUAGAUUUUACUUCGUUAAAGGCAACGUUAUCCCCUUUGUUACCUUUAAUAAGGUUUUCGGAUAUCGCUUCAAAAGAUUACGAAACACAAGUCAAACCAUUUCAAUCGAUUUUACCAUUAAAUAUGUCAACUUUAUUAUGUAGAUAUCAUUUUGAAAAUAACAAUGGUCUUGACCCCCCUAUAAACUUAAAUUUAGGUCAGAGAAAACCCCCUUACAAUAUUAAUUCAACAAUAAUUAAUCACAAACAUGCGGCUCUAAUCGCGAAUUGGAUUGAUUCGAAUGAGGGUAAUUUAAACGUUAAUGGUAAAAUUCAAUUCGGUAAGAUAAGAUUUAACCUCCUAUAUAGAGGGAGUAAACAUCUAUUCUCUUUUGAAAGGUUUCAUAAAAUGUGCGAUAAUCAAGGUCCGUCGAUCGUUUUACUUAAAAUUAAAGCUAAUAAUAACAAUGAAGUGGAGGUUGACGGAAGGGAAGAAAUUAUUGGAGGUUAUAAUCCUGUUGGAUGGCAAAGUGCGAAUCAGUAUAUUACAAGGGAUGACAGUUUUAUUUUUAAUUUAGGUGAAUUAAUCGAAUCAAAAUAUAUUUUAAGUAGAAUACAACCAAAUCUUAAAAAUUAUGCUAUCUACGAUGGUGAAAAUUUUGGUCCAAGUUUCGGCAAAGGUGAUAUGGAAUUUUCUUGUACCGCUAGACCAAGAGAAGGUUUUUGUAGAAGAAAUUGA